UAAGUAGUGCUACAAGACGCAUGCGCACAGCUGUUGUUAGCAUUUACACUAGCAUCGUGGAGGAAGGCGUCCACCGCACGGUAGGCAGGAAGAUAAGGGCGACUUCAAAUAGCUCUGCUAAUCCUUGUGCUAACCAUUAUCCUUCCAUGCUGCCCGGGAAAGGAAGAUAACGUUAAUAACCCCGUACUGCCACUUCAAUUAGCAAGACGGCGCCGGACACAUAGAAAGGAACUGCGAAUAGCGUGAGAAGUCCUCCUUCCCCCUCACACUAGUUAACUCAGAUUUCUAAUUAUUAAGUCGUUUACCUGCAUCUAGGGCCACAAGGACUAUUUUGAAUAAUGAAGCUGCCGAGUAACAAACAAUGUGCGAUGGAUGGAGAUGGAAAAAAGAUGGACCAAGCUCCACCGUUAAGGAAUCCUUUUGUGCACGUCUUGAAACUCACCCCUUUGGAAAAGGCAAAGAUUGCACUGAUGACAGUCACACUGUUCCCCAUCCGUCUAUUCAUAGCAGCGUUUAUGAUGCUGCUGGCUUGGCCUUUUGCUUUUCUGGCCUCAGUAGGGAGCUCGGAGAAUGCCGUGGAACCCCAGUGCCUCUGGAGGAGGCUUGUGGAUAUAAUUCUGAAGAUCAUCAUGCGGGUCAUGUGGUUUGCGGGAGGUUUCCAUUGGCUGACAAUUAAAGGCCAAAGGGCCUUACCUUCAGAGGCACCCAUCCUCACCCUGGCACCUCACUCCUCUUACUUUGACGCCAUCCCAGUCACAAUGACAAUGGCCUCUAUCGUCAUGAAGGCUGAGAGCAGGGAUAUACCUCUCUGGGGCACUUUGAUUAAGUACAUCAGGCCGGUGUUUGUAUCGCGGUCAGACCAAGACUCCAGAAAGAAAACCGUGGAGGAAAUCAGACGCAGAGCUCAUUCUGGAGGAGAAUGGCCUCAGAUAAUGAUUUUUCCAGAGGGAACCUGUACCAAUAGAUCCUGCUUAAUUACCUUUAAACCAGGAGCCUUUAUUCCAGCUGUGCCAGUGCAGCCUGUGGUGAUUCGUUAUCCAAAUAAACUGGAUACGAUUACGUGGACAUGGCAGGGACCUGGAGCGUUUGAAAUCAUGUGGCUGACACUCUGCCAACUGCAUAAUGAGUUUGUGAUUGAAUUUCUUCCAGUCUACACACCCUCGGAGGAAGAGAAAAAGAAUCCUGCUCUGUUUGCCAUCAACGUCAGACGCAUCAUGGCAAAAGCCCUGGGCGUUCCCAUCACAGACUAUUCAUUUGAAGACUGCCAGCUGGCCAUGGCAGACGGCCAGCUCAGACUGCCAGUCGACACCUGUCUGCUGGAGUUUGCUAAGCUUGUCAGGAGAAUGGGGCUAAAACCAAGAAAUACUGAAAAGGUUCUGCAGGAGUAUGGGAACAGAGCAAGGACGCUGGAGGGACAGAAACUGGGCCUGGAUGACUUUGCGCAGUUUCUUGAUGUGCCAGUGUCAGACAUGCUGAGAGACAUGUUUGCUCUUUUUGAUGAGAAUGAAAAUAACUGCAUUGAUGUCAGAGAGUACGUGAUAGCAUUAUCUGUCGUAUGCAGACCAGCCAAAACUCUGGAAACAAUCAAAUUAGCCUUCAAGAUGUUUGAGGCUGCAGAGGAUGACGCCAUCACAGAAACUGAGCUGGCAGUUAUCCUGAAGACAGCUCUGGGGGUGACUCACCUCAGCGUCUCUUGUCUGUUUACUGCCAUUGACACAGAAGACACAGGGAAGGUUACAUUUGACAUGUUCAGGAGUUUUGUGGACAGGAAUCCAGAGUUUGCUGAGGAGUACCUGCACACAGAACCCUCAGACCUGGGUGGCGGGCCCUGCCACCAUCAUCAAACAAAGUCCAGCCUGUCUUCUCUGACCACACUAGGCACUGCCAUCGCCAACCACACUAAUGGUUUCUGCCCCGACUUCAGCCCCAACGACCGCGAUGCCACAGCCGACGGACUCCUCAAGAAACACAACUAAAGGGGUUUCAAAUGUAGUGCAAAGAAGAAAAAAAAAAACCCACUUCUCCUGGUGAGAGGUGGCCGUGUAUGGAGUGAAGGGUGAGUUACUUGUCAGUAACUUUAAAUAGUGGGCACUACAGUUUAACACCCACAUUCCCUAGUAAGUAAAAGUUUACCAUGUCCUUUUUUAUUCGUAUUGUACUCAUUAAAUUUCUGGGGAUCACCUUAAGUUUUAAAAUACUUUAUUUUGCUAAACUUUUUGUCAUAAUGCCAAACACUGGUUGUUUCCGCUUCAACGUUUGGAUACUUAAAGGGCAAGCACUUACACAGAAUGCUGGGGUAAAGACUUGAUUAUUUCUUUUCCUUUUAACAUAACAUAGACUGUGCAUGCGUUUAAGAAGAUGAAAAAGCCAGAUACAGUUCAGCAAAAUUUUUUGUGAAAUCAGUGUUUAUUUUUCUUUCCAAGUUGCUUUUUAAAUUGUAGCUGCUUUAUGUUGGGGCUCAGGCUGGUUGUGAGCAGUAUUUAGAGAUGUUCUUGGGAACCGGUGAGAAUUGUUUCGCCACAACAAGCCCUCCAGCUUUAGUGCGUACAUUUGAGGUGAACCAGGAUCUCUCUUAUUACCAAGAGCCUGUCCUGUAAACAUACACAUACAUAUAAAAUUAUAUAUUUGAUUUUUAAGCUCAGGGUUCAGCAACAAAAAUGAAAAAAGAAUAAUGAUGUCUUCAUUUUUGAUGUGCACUAUCAAUGCGUGCAUGUUUGUUUUUGUCUGACAUCAAUACAAAUCUUCCUGGUCAUUACCAUCGACAUCUUCACCUUUCAUGGUGUCUUCAAUUCAUCAGUACACAAUUUGGACCAAAAUUGUACCUUUUAUAAUUUUCUUGGUGCAGGAUUUUCUACCUAAAUAUAGGUUGUUUUUUUUUUUUUGCUCAUCCUUUAUAUUCUAGUUAACAGUUAGCAACCCCCAUAGUAAAUUUCUCAUUUAUGUCAAAUCUCUAUUUACCGGAGAAUUACGCUGAUGACUCCUCACUAUAUUGACGUAACGUAAUGUGAUUGUUAAAUUAAUUUAUACUAAUUAAUGUUUUGAGAAAAAUCUUGGGAUAUUUGAAAUGUGAAGUUCUGAGCUCAGAUUUCUAAGUUUGAGUAGUCCUAUAGUUAUGGAUUUAAACGAGCAAUUUAACAGAUUAUGCAGCCUACUAAUGUGUUACAUUUAUUUUGUCUUGAAGAAAACUAAUUUGUUUUAACGAAAUAUUUAUCCUGAACAUUUAACAAAACACAUUUUCAGGUUUCAGCUAUAUAUGCAUUGAGUAGCUGCAAUUUGCCGCUACUUAAAUAUUGCUACAGCUGCAUCGACCAAUAGUGCAACCAAAAA